UCUGUCAUGUGAUCAGCUGUGUCCAAUCACAGCUGAUCACUGAUGAUCAGUGCCCUGAUGAUCAAGGCACUGAUGAUCAGUGCCCUCAUGAUCAGUGUAGCCCCAUCAGUGCCACCUCUCAGUCAUCUAUGCCACAUACCAGUGCACAUCAAUGCCACAUAUCAUUGCCCAUCAGAGCCGCUGUUCAGUGCCAUCUAUCAGUGCCAGUCAGUGCCACCUAUCAGUGCCAUAUAUGAGUGCUGCCUUUCAGUGCCCAUCAGUGAUGCCUGUCAAUGCCCACAAGUGCCACCU